AUGAUCAAACCUUUUUUAUUACUGGCGCUCAUAGUCUUGACAUUAUCUGUGAGGCGUCACGAAUUCAAGAAAUGCUCUGAUUCCAACUUUUGUGCAAGAAACAGACAUCUAGCCAAAAAUCACGUCCACACUAAAACUGAAGGUCUUCGUUUCGACAUUGAUUAUGAAAUCAAGCAAGGCAGCAUUUCUAGAAUCCCAGGAGGUGUCUCCUUUACAAUAGGAAGCGUCUUUGAAGACUUGCCAUUCCUUAAAAGCGAGAUCAUAAUGUACACAUCAGGAGUUCUUCACACAUAUAUCGAUGAAAUCCAGCCACUUCAUCCAAGAUACAGGACUCCAAGAGAAGAUGUACUUAAUAGUCAAGUUUUAGACAAAGUUGCUGAUACAAGCAUAAGGAUCGAGAAAGACAAAGUUAUAUGGACCUUAGGUGACUACCGAUACGAGCUUUUUUCAAAACCUUUUGCAAUUAAUGGAUAUUUUGCUGGCGACAUUACAAUUAAAACAAAUGGAGAAUCUUUGAUGAACUUUGAAAGGUAUAGAAGUUUAGACCAGGAUUUAAGACCAAGUGGCCAAGUCAAAAGUGCUGAUGCACCAAUUAAAAUCUUUGACGCCGCUGGGGUGUAUUUUGAAAAGGGUGAAAAUUUAGAAUAUCCUGAUGGGCUUUGGAAAGAGAAAUUCAGAGAUUGGACUGAUGAUAAGAAAAAAGGACCGAGCAGCGUUGCGAUGGAUUUUGGAUUCCCUGAUGCAAGCCAUGUAUAUGGUAUUCCAGAGCAUGCUGACUCUUUGGCUCUUCAGGACACAAAAGAUAGUGAUCAUCCUUAUAGACUUUACAAUUUGGAUGUCUUUGAAUUUGAGCUUGAUGAGCGUAUGUCUCUUUAUGGGGCUGUCCCAUUUAUGCUUAGCAGGACAAGUAAGGCAAAAUCUGGCGGUGUCUUUUGGCUGAACCCAUCAGAGACAUGGAUUGAUAUUUCAACUGUUCCAAAUGGUAAGUUUUCUCAUUGGAUGUCAGAAUCAGGUGUCAUUGAAUUUUUCUUGUUCCAAGAAGAAUCUCCAAUUCAAAUAAUACAAAAAUACACACUUUUGACAGGCCCUCCGCAGCUUCCUCCUCUUUUCUCUAUAGCCUACCACCAAUGUAGAUGGAACUACAACAGUCAAGAUGACCUUUUAGAAGUCUCCAAAAACUACGAAAAGCAUAAUAUCCCACUCGACGUCCUCUGGCUUGACAUUGAGCAUACCCCUGAGCGCAAAUACUUCAAUUGGGAUUAUACCAAAUUCCCUAGCCCUCUUGAGAUGCUAAAAACACUAAACUCUACCAGUAGAAAACUCGUGACCAUUGUAGAUCCUCAUAUAAAAAGAACCGAUUCCUUUAGUGUCCAUAACGAUUGUAAACAAGGUUGGUAUUGCUCAUUUAUAACCUGCUCCCAAAGUUCAGGCAUUUACUAA